UGCAUUCAACACUGAAUCACAUGUGAAGCACUGAAAUGCAAUUUAUUUGAAUACAACUCAUUUGAAUGACUUCUGUCACGGAUAUCACCCAUCAGUUGGACAUCUCAUCCCAAGACAACUCAUCCACUCUCAGGUCGCACAGAUCGCAGACCAUCGCGAAGGUUGGAAUCGCUGUCUUCGGCGGUGUUUCUGUGGGUUUAUUAGCCAUAAGUUUGCCAUUCGUUUGGCCGGCAUUGAGACGCCAAGUGUUGCCAUACAUUCCGGCCACUGAUUCACAGCUCAAGAACGUACUGACACUCGUGAACAGAUCCAAACCCAAGACUAUCGUCGACUUGGGCAGUGGUGACGGCAGACUCGUGAUAGAAUGCGCUAAAAUCGGUGUCCUAUCAUAUGGUGUCGAAUUGAAUCCCUGGCUUGUCUUAUACUCGAAGAUCAGAUCCAGAAUAUUAGGCACUCAUCGGUUGACACAAUUUUAUUGCAAGAAUUUGUGGAAAAUAAAUGCCUCCAAUUAUGACAAUAUCAUUAUAUUCGGUGUCGAGAAUAUGAUGAAAACUCUGGAGUAUAAGAUUCAAAACGAUUGCAAUCAUAGCGGACAGAAAGUGGAUGUAAUUGCCUGUCGGUUCCCAUUCCCUAAUUGGAAACCUAUAGAAACUAUUGGCACCGGUAUUGACACAGUUUGGCUCUACCGCUACCCUUACCCUCUACCUCAUGACAAAUGAGCUCAAUGUAAGUCAAUUCAGUUGUGAUGCACUCUAAUUAUGCAAUAAAUGCAUUCAAACACUAUCUUUGAUUAUUCAACACUUUCUUAUCAGUCUGUAAAUUAUGCGGACAUUUAUUACG